GGGAAGUUUCGGCCAAUCGGGCAGCUCCGUUUGGCGCACGAUCGGUGCAGUUGAUAAAUGGAGGAUCCGUGUUUGUCAAGGUAGUUUUGUUUACGCGGAAAUUUUCACUCGGUAACAACUCCCCGCGCGUUUCGUUUGUGCUGAAGAGGUAGAUGAAGAAUACAAAAUGUCCCGCAAUCACAAGGACAAGUAUGAUAACUCUAACCCUCGUCGUAUAUAUACGCUCAUGUGCGCUGAGGACUAUCAAUCGGGGAAGAAAUCUCAUUGGUCGGAGUUGGAGAUAACAGGCAGUAUAAGAAAUUUGAGCUCCAAUUUGUGGCAAAUGACUCAUCUAACAGCACUGUAUUUGAACGAUAAUAGUCUGCAAAGGGUGCCAUGUGAAAUUGGCCGCCUUAUCAACUUGCGUAUUCUAGAUCUCAGUAGCAACAAGCUGCGCAGUCUACCUGCAGAACUGGGGGAGCUCAUCUACCUUAGGGAGUUGUUAUUGAACCAAAACUACCUUCGCGUGUUACCGUACGAACUAGGGAAGUUGUUCCAGUUACAAGUGCUUGGACUUCAAGGAAAUCCACUCAGCAAGGACGUGAUGGCGUUAUACGGGAACGGAGAGCCUGCAGGGACGAACAAGCUGCUGACGUACAUGCUGGACAACUUACAAGUUACGGCAAAUCAUCCGCCCCAAAGACCGUGGAUUCCACUGACGAGGCCCAAUAGGUCAAGACCAACAUGUAUAUUCACGGUGAUGUGCUACAACGUACUGUGCGACAAGUACGCGACGCGGCAGAUGUACGGCUACUGCCCGAGCUGGGCGCUGGACUGGGAAUACCGGAAGAAGGGUAUCCUCGACGAGAUACGGCACUACGCCGCGGACAUCAUCAGCCUGCAGGAGGUCGAGACGGACCAAUUCUACAACUUCUUCCUGCCGGAGCUCAAGCACGACGGGUACGACGGCAUAUUCUCACCCAAGUCCCGCGCGAAGACGAUGGCGGAGAACGACCGCAAGUACGUCGAUGGCUGCGCGAUUUUUUACAGGACCGCCAAAUUUUCUUUGAUAAAGGAGCAUUUAGUUGAAUUCAAUCAAUUGGCAAUGGCGAACGCGGAGGGUUCGGACAAUAUGUUGAAUCGUGUUAUGCCCAAAGACAACAUCGGAUUGGCUGCAUUACUUAGGACUAAGGAAGCCGCUUGGGAUAACGGUGUUCCAUCUGACCCGGCACAAGUGCAACAACCAAUUUUAGUUUGUACGGCGCACAUCCAUUGGGAUCCCGAAUUCUGCGAUGUAAAACUAAUACAGACGAUGAUGCUGAGCAAUGAAUUACGUUCCAUUUUGGACCAAGCUGGCCAGUCGUUUAGACCCGGUCACAAGCCUGACUCUUCCAACGUUCAACUGCUGCUUUGUGGCGACUUCAAUUCUUUACCUGAUUCUGGUGUGAUUGAAUUUCUUACAUCCGGACGUGUGGCGGCCGAUCAUCGUGAUUUUAAGGAUUUAGCAUACAAAUCGAGUUUACAAAAGAUCUCUGUCUGCGAUAAAUCCAACGAAUUCACGCAUUCUUUUAAGCUUGCAUCUGCCUAUAGUGAAGACAUAAUGCCCUACACCAAUUACACAUUCGAAUUUAAAGGCAUAAUAGAUUACAUUUUUUAUUCGAAACAAAGUAUGGUGCCGUUGGGCCUUCUAGGUCCUUUGAGUCCAGAAUGGUUUAAAGAGCAUAAAGUAGUAGGAUGCCCUCAUCCCCAUGUUCCAUCGGAUCACUUUCCUCUGUUAGUGGAGUUAGAAAUGACACCGACAGUAGGAACAAGCAACGGUUUGAUCUCACGCAGGUAGCAGCCGCUGCGAUCUAGGCCCAAGUAACCGUAAGAAGGCGAGGAAUCAAUAACGAAGAUAAAAAGCGAAAAAAAAAAGGAUUUGCAUCACUUCUUCUCUACUUCUGGCUCUAGCAAUAUCACUCGCAUUACUCUUAUUACAAUAGCGAAUGUUACACACACAUAUACACACACACACACACACACACACACGCACGCGCACACACACACACACACACACACACACACAAAUACUCCAUACAUUGCCGCACAUUCAACCAACAGCGAUCGCUGUCGACGCGAUAUACCGACGAACAUACAAUUCUAACGACCAGGUGAAGGGAGCCGUGUUGUAAUGCGUUUAGCUAGCCCAUGUAUAGUGUAUUGCAUUUUUAAGAACUAUCUUAUUCCCAUGCCUAAAGAUUAUUGUAAUCUCUCUAUUUACCAUCGUAAUAUGUGUAGAUACCUAUUUUCCUACAAAAAGAAAACGUAAAGAAAAUGAAAAUGACGAUAUUCCGAUCAAGAAGCCUCUGUGAUAUCGAUUUAACACAAUUGGAUCAAAUUCACACAUUUAUUAGUAAAUGAAACUAGUAGCGGUAUACUAGAGAGAGAGCAAGAGAGAGACAUAUACCUUAAAAGAAAUUUCCCUUCGUCCCUUCCUAAAUGUCAUUACAACAUUCUCCAAGCCAAUCUUUUGAUAAGAAUGCUGCCAUCCACACAAUGAGAAAAAAAGAAAAAAAAUUGUAUUUUUAAACGAGACAAAAACGAAAAAAAAAAAAGAUAUGAAAACAUACAUGCUAUACUGGGCUGUGCGAAGUGAUUGGAGUGAUCGACUUAAAACAAUUUCAAUGCAAGUACAAAUCUGUUCUUAUUGGCCACGUAUAUAUAAUAUGGUAAUGUUAUAUAAGGAAAACAAGAAAACAUAUAUAGAUGAUAUUGUAGCGGGUGUAUUUGUAAGUAUGAUGUAAUGUAAUGAUGUUCAUCACACACGUCUGUCAUAACAUCAAGUGAGAUCAGUUCAACAUUCGCCCCACACUUUAGGUAUCCACUCGAGUCCAAUUAAUGUACAUGUGCUCUAUAUCACAAUCUACUACUUGUUAAUUCAGUUGCCGCCGAGGGAGAAUUUUUUUUUAUACAAUCGCGCGCGAGUGUCUUCGCGUUCUUUCCGCCACUGCAUUUCUAUUCACGUGACAUCUUACUUAUUCUUAGUCGCAACUACCAAAAAAGAAAAUUGUGUAGGCUCUAAUUAUUUUAGUUAUAGAAAAUCUACUAGACUACAGUUUUUAACAAUUAUUAUGAAAUAUAGGCAAUACUUUAUAUACGUUAUUCCGGUGCAAAUGUGUUGCAUGCGCGUUAAAUAUUUCUCUCCGGAUUUAUUUCAUUUGCAACUUUUGAUUAUAAACGUGCAAUCUGUAUUUACAACACUUUACACACAGAUAUACACUGAUUCGCUGAAAGUGAAUUUUAUUGAAAUAAGGACGACGCGACACCUUUUUUUAUAUUGCUGUAUAUAAUCUAUUCUUCAAUUUUAUCUCUUGCAGCAAUAGUUAAUAUCCAGAUCUUAGGAUUGUAGAUAUAAUUUUUCUUAUGUAUGUGUUGUAAAUAUGAUGAUGGGAUUUUGCAAUUAAUAUACAGCUUCAUUCUUUGCUUUAAAGAGCACAUAAUGGAAAUUUGUAUUAAAUAAUUUAAUAUGCACAUGCAUUUGUAUUCUGUAAUACUGUGUUACAGAAUUCACGACAUGCUUUGUAUAUCAUUUUUUAGUUCUCUCAAAAUUCUUCCUUAAGAUGCAAAAAUACUUAAAUUAUUUGUGUAUCAAUUGUAUAUGUGCAGAUCUCAUAAAAUAUUUUUUAAGUUUUUAUAAUGUGCGAUAAAGAAUGUGUAAUUAUAGUCGCAUUGAUUCACAAAGCAGGCUAAACGCCAAUGUAAACGGUAUCGAUCAGGAAGAUACGUAAGUUUAUGCACAAUUAUAUAUUAUAAAUAUUUUAUGCUUAUUGUAGUAUAGUAAAUUGAUCUCGUUACACGGCACAAUGAUUAAGAACAAAUUUUCCAUUUGAAAGAGCGAAGGUUUUUAGUUUGUACGUUAAUUCGAGAUUCCAACAACUGAAUUAUACAAGUAAAAGAUUAGUUUAUCAAAGACAUGUGUGUAGUAAAUGUUGUAUAAAGUAGGUAAUAUUACGCUAUAGUUUUAAUUAUCUCGUUGAGAGAAAAGAGGCGGCAUCUCUUUGGUAUUUGUAUAUUCCUUCGUAUUAAGCAUGUUUUCACAUGGCAAACGAAUGACGUGAUGUAUUAAAAAUCAAUUGCCGGCUGCUCUGGGCCUAAUUUAAAACCGUCGGAACAAAGAUAAGAUGAGAAUGGUGAGAAGAUGAGAUGGCGAAUUUUUUUUCCGAUAAUAAAAUAUCUGGAAAAAUCUUGUAAUUUGUGCUAUUUUAUAAAAAGUAAAAAGAACAAUGAUAUCAUAUAACGAUAAUUUUUAACUCGCUCCUCUUUUAAUAUUAUGCUGUAUCACGUAGCAAAGAAAAAUUAGUACAAUUCGUAAUAUCUCUUAACUAGUAUAUCAAAGUGUGGAAAUGUAUUUUGCAGCAUGAAAGUACCUAUGUUUCCUUCGCGGUAAAUGGAAUCUUUCGUGACAAAUUUAGCAGUCAUUGACGUGCGAAAAUUCUUCGGAUUAGAAGCGAAUUACGAUUUUUUUGCAAAAAAAUUUGUUAUCCCCAACAGUUACAGGAUAUAACGGGAAAAAUCACAAUUUUACCAGCAGUAUUUGAGAUCGCAUGGGUAUUUUCAUCGCUUCGUCCGUAAAGAUCACUCUGUAAUUGUCUCCUAAUCUAUUCUAGCGAAGAAAAAAGAAAACGGAAAAAAACAUGGGUGUAUACGUUGUAUAUCGAUCGCUAUUCGAUUCUUUUUUAAAUACGUGGAUACACAGAUUGCGUUUUAGGGUAAAUGUAACGAUUAAUUGUAAUACGUGCGAACGGAAAAGCAAGACGUUGGGACUUUGUCGGAUCGGUCUCCGACGCGUAAUAAAAUCGUUUUCGUAAAAAAAAAGAUGAUGAAUGGGUAAAACGUGCGGGUACGGGCACACAUACAGCGGCAUACUUUGUGAACGGAAAAGCAAGUCGGGUAACACAAACCACAUCGUGCUCUCAUGCAUUUUUGGCUGUCGCGCGAAGCCGCCUACGCUAUAGUAUUUCAAAUAUAUUAGCUUUGAAGUAACGGAAGCUCUUGAGAAGAUUAAUUGAUUCAGAUAAUGUAUACUUUAACUUAGAUAAUACGGGCACUUAUGUCGCAUUCGUCGAACGUGAUGAUUUUGCAAAACGACGAUCCUUAGCCAAUCUUGAAAUUAAAUGUUUACUGACAUCACAGGAAGAAACUGACGAACCGAUUCUUUUUUUAAUGAACAAAAAUACCAAUUGUGGUAUCAAUUGUGAGAAACAUAUUUCGUGCAAUUGACUUGAAUAAGAAGGACAUCUAUCCAACCAAAUUUUAUAGAUAUUACUUCUCUGCACGAUAUUGUAAUGAUAUUUGACUAUAUUUGCCCGCUUUAUCAUCUUUUCGAUCAGAAUGAGUCCAUUUGAAACUGAUAUAUUGAAAUGUAAUCCAACUUGAAUUCGUUGAGUCAGUCAGUGUGGAUUCGUGUCUUACGGGUAUAAGUAUUAUCGCGCUAUUACGUCGUUUCUGAAAUCAUCGCUUUCUCAAAACGCUAAUAAUUGUUCAAUGAAGAAUAAUUUUAUCAUGCACGAUCAACACUCGAAAAUCAUUGCGAAAAAAGUGCAACGUUUAACGAUGGAUUUGUAUCACGAGAAAAAUUUUACGCUAUAACAUUAUCUUAUAAUUAGGAUAACAUGUUCUCUUGUUUUUUCUGCAAGGCAUAUAUAGCGACAAUUUAAGGGAAUUAUGCAUAUGUACUGUAACGAAAGUUUGAUGAAUCCUGAUUGAAUUUAGUUUUCUUUCCUCCUCCCCACGAUCGAUGUCGGGCGGCAAAUUGUACAUACGUUUUUUUAUUGACGUCGUUCGCGAGAAUUUUGUAAAAUUUCACGCACGUAAUAUUAAUAAACUCAAUAAGCUUUAGAUAUCGUACUGAAAUAAUGCGUGAUGCGUAUUAUAUAAAGUAGAUAUAAUGGAUCUAUAUAUUUCAGAAUAAGUUGAUUAAAGUCACAAUUGCAUUGCUACAUA